AUGAUCCUGAAGUACAGCACAAUGUCCCCUCUUAAUAUCACUGAGGAUAAGAUUUCUACCUUCGUCCUCAUUGGGAUCCCAGGAAUGGAGCACGUGCACUUCUGGAUAUCCAUACCUAUCUGUCUUAUAUAUAUCAUUGCUGCUCUAGGCAACUCUACCAUCCUCAUCAUCAUCAAGACAGAACCUUCUCUCCAUGAGCCUAUGUAUUAUUUUCUCUCCAUGUUGGCCUUUUCUGAUCUUUGCCUGUCUUUCUCCUCCUUGCCAACCAUGCUGAGAAUCUUCUUGUUCAAUGCUCCGGGAAUUUCUGUUGAUGCUUGCAUUACCCAAGAGUUCUUCAUCCAUACCUUCACUGCCAUGGAGUCCUCAGUGCUUGUCAUCAUGUCUUUUGAUCGUUUCAUAGCCAUCCGCAACCCCUUAAGAUAUAGUUCCAUUCUCACCAAUGUCAGAGUCAUGCAAAUUGGGUUAGGCUUUGCUAUUCGAUGUUUUCUAUUUAUACUCCCAUUCCCUAUUACUUUAAAGAGGCUGAGAUAUUGCAGGGAGAACCUCCUCUCCUAUUCCUACUGUCUCCACCAAGACAUAAUGAGAUUAGCCUGCUCUGAUAACCGGGUCAAUAUAAUCUAUGGCUUCUUUAUUGCUAUUUUAAGCAUGCUGGACUUUUCAGUCAUUGUUAUAUCUUAUGUACUGAUUUUGAAGACAGUUUUGGGCAUUGCCUCCCAUCAGGAGCGUUUCAAGGCUCUCAACACUUGUGUGUCCCAUAUCUGUGCUGUACUAAUUUUCUACAUGCCAAUCAUAAGUCUGUCCAUUGUCCACCGCUUUGCCAAACAUGGCUCCACACUCAUUAGGAUUCUCAUUGCUAAUAUAUUUUUGCUGGUUCCUCCACUGAUGAACCCCAUUGUAUACUGUGUGAAGACCAGGCAAAUCAAGGAGAAGGUCCUAGGGAAGUUAUGGCUAAAGAAGACCUAA